AUGGCCAUCUACAACGCCGUUCCUCCACCCGAGGAGCUCACCUCCGGCCAGACUCCCGCCGCACAAGCUCCGCCGACUCAGGGUCCCUUUGAUGUUGAUGCUUGGACCGUCUCGGCACUUCAAUCGCUCAGCGUCUCUCCCGUGGCCCGAGGCACAGGUACUCCCCUGGCUAUCCCCAUCGACCAACACCCGUCCCCGAAGCGGGAGAAGCCAACCGUAACGCUUCCCGAUGCGGAUGGUCACGAGUCGCCUCGUCGGCCGCCUUCUCGGCGUGACAGCCAGCGCAGGCGCGAAUCUGUCCUGAAAGGCAGCGAAGGCAGUCGGCAGCGCCGACGUUGGGAAAACGACCACCUCGUUGGCGUCCCCAACGUCCAACCCCCCCUUCCGUCCGACUGGGAGGUCAGGCCUACUCACCCGAUCCACCACACUCCGUAUCAGCUCGCCCAGUUCUGGGACCGCGGCAUCCGGCAACGCGUCGAGGACAAGGCCGCGGCGCUGCAGGCUACGCGCAAGAGGCAGCAGCGCAAGGCCGGUAGCGCCACGGGACUUGGCGUCGGCGAAGUGCCCCGCGACCUCCGCGAGUUGGCCAGGCGCAGCCCGACCAUCCGGAGCUGGGUCCGCGCCCUCGAGGAGCCGGUGCGCCAGUACCUCGUCGGCGAGCAGACCAGCUCAAGGCCCCCGGCGGAGUUGGCAGAUGACAGCGCCGCCGACGAGAUGGAUUCCGAGGACGAGGAAAUUGUCUUUGUGGGCCGGAGCGGCGCCAUGAGGGAACUCAAUGAAAGGCGGCAGGCCGGCUACAAAAGAGCCAGGCGCGAGAUUGAGCAGGAGACAGUCGAUUCGGGCGUCGUCUUUGACUCCUUUGGCGAGGGCGAGAGCGCCGCCUUCAAGCGCUGGCUUGCCCAUUCCAUUUCCGACUACUACGGCCUCGCCUCUCGCUCAGUUACUCUCGCCAACCCCGCUUGUCGAGUUGUAUACGUCGGACUCAGACAAGCCCAUCAACGAGCGGCUCCACCCCUCAUAAAGCUGCCCCAGCCUCUGUGGGAGAUCUGCUGA